CAGGCAGGCAAUCGAAAAGCAAACAAUCAAAUACAAAAAGUCCCCGUCAGUCGCAGUAUAUUUUCAAGUCUCGAUUUUAGAGUUUCACUAUUAUAGCCAUAUAUUUCGUUAGCCAUGUCGCUGGUCUAUAUCACUCACCACGAUGAGAACAUCUUCGAUUGUGAGCAAGAGUUUCUUAACCAAUCCGUCAGCAAGCCUUCCAGAAUCUACAAUACCAAGACUGCAAUCAAGGGAGCACGGUUCGCCAAGGCUUUGCGCGACCGCUUGCAGGUGGAGGAUAAGAAGCAUUCGAUCAUGUUGCAGAACGAUGGCAUGCUAAUUCUCACGGAUGCCAAAAAGGCCCACCAUCGCACCAUGGGCUGUGCCCACACACCCAUUGAUCCGCCGUGCGCUUAUCUUCGCAAGAACCAGGGCAUCAAGUGGCGGCGUGAGAACAACCAUGUCUGUCCCAAGGGAGAGAAGAUGCCGCCGUUGCCAGGCAUUGGUUCCAAGCGCACGGAACCGACAAUGGCCCCGAAUUUCAUACGGCGGAAUAUCCAAUGCGCCAAACGUACAGUGCCUUGUCCACCGCCGCCGCGGUACAUUGACACUCCGGUGGGCACACGACACAAUCUUGUGAACUCUGGCCUGCUGCCACAAUUCAUCUGCCGCAAGGACUUUGGCAAAGUGCCCAUUUACCUGAAGAAGACUAAGAAAAUGCUGACCGAGAUGAACGCAAUCUGUGCCAAGGAGCAGGCACGCCUCAUGGAGCUCUGUCGCGGCGUCAAGGGAUUCGCGAAAACCCCCACAGCCGCUGGUGUCAUCGCUGCGCGGGCCCCGCCGGAGGUGCCUGGCAUGCGGGUUAUGGACCAAAAAGAGCGCAAUGAAAUUCUCGAGGGUUUGCGUCAUAGUCUGACCGAGAUGACCAAGCAGUAUCAGUCCAUGUCGCUGCUCAUCGACAGCGUGGCCAAGGUUCAGCGCAAGGGCAAGCUGGAGUCCGAUUUACGGCAGGUGGAGCAAGACAUUCUGUUGCUCGAAACCAGUCCAAUUAUUUAUGUUUCAUUGUAUUAACCAUAGCUUAUAAAAAAAA